GCCGUCACUGCGUGAUAUCCUUCCGCGGGAGAGAAGCGCGCGGCCCUUUCCCUCCCGACAACACAGGAUGCAAACGGGCGGCGGUGAAGCUCCGACACGUUACUCUGCGCCACGGUCGUUAAAAUUUCCCGCACCAUCCGAGUGAUAAGCACCGAGCUAACACCGGGGACCCUCCGCCUGUUGUAUCAGCGACCGAUCCCGCCCUGUGGCUGGUACCGACUGAGCUCCGAGGAAGAAAUAUAAUCCGCUGUGAGCGCUGCGCGGCAACCGAAACUAUCGAGCUAGUGACCGAGCACAGAGAGAGAGCGGCAGCCGGGGGACGGAAUGGAGCUCAUCACUAUUCUCGAGAAAACGGUCUCUCCAGAUCGGAAUGAACUGGAGGCGGCACAGAAGUUUCUGGAGCAGGCGGCGAUAGAGAACCUGCCUACAUUCCUGGUGGAGUUGUCUAAAGUGUUGGCGAACCCGGGGAACACUCAAGUGGCUCGAGUUGCUGCCGGUCUGCAGGUGAAGAACUCUCUGACCUCCAAAGACCCCGAUGUCAAGACACAGUACCAGCAGAGAUGGCUGGCCAUCGACGCCAACGCUCGCCGCGAGAUCAAGAACUACGUUUUACAGACUCUGGGCACGGAGACGUACCGACCCAGCUCGGCGUCGCAGUGCGUCGCCGGGAUCGCCUGCGCAGAGAUCCCAGUUAACCAGUGGCCCGAGCUGAUCCCACAGCUGGUCGCCAACGUCACUGACCCCUCGAGCACCGAACACAUGAAGGAGUCCACGCUGGAGGCCAUCGGAUACAUCUGCCAGGACAUCGACCCUGAGCAGCUGCAGGAAAACGCCAACCAGAUCCUGACAGCCAUCAUCCAGGGCAUGAGGAAGGAGGAGCCCAGUAACAACGUCAAACUGGCCGCCACCAAUGCCCUGCUCAACUCCCUGGAGUUCACCAAAGCCAACUUCGACAAGGAGACGGAGAGACACUUCAUCAUGCAGGUGGUGUGUGAAGCCACGCAGUGUCCCGACACCAGAGUGCGCGUGGCGGCCUUACAGAACCUGGUGAAGAUCAUGUCUCUGUACUAUCAGUACAUGGAAACGUACAUGGGCCCGGCGCUGUUCGCGAUCACCAUUGAGGCCAUGAAGAGCGACAUCGAUGAGGUGGCCUUACAGGGCAUCGAGUUCUGGUCCAACGUCUGUGAUGAGGAGAUGGACCUGGCCAUCGAGGCCUCAGAGGCCUCGGAGCAGGGACGCCCGCCUGAGCACACCAGUAAGUUCUACGCCAAAGGAGCCCUGCAGUACCUGGUGCCCAUCCUGACCCAGACCCUCACCAAACAGGACGAGAACGACGACGAUGACGACUGGAACCCCUGUAAGGCUGCAGGUGUGUGUCUGAUGCUGCUGGCCACCUGCUGUGAGGACGACGUGGUUCCUCACGUUCUGCCCUUCAUCAAAGAACACAUCAAACAUCACGACUGGCGCUACAGAGACGCCUCCGUCAUGGCCUUCGGAUCCAUCCUGGAAGGACCCGAACUCAACCAGCUCAAACCCCUCGUCAUACAGGCGAUGCCGACUCUGAUCGAGCUGAUGAAGGACCCCAGUGUGGUGGUGAGGGACACCACGGCGUGGACGGUGGGGAGGAUCUGUGAGCUGCUGCCUGAAGCCGCCAUCAACGAGAUCUACCUGGCGCCCCUGCUGCAGUGUCUGAUUGAGGGCCUGGGGGCGGAGCCCCGCGUGGCCUCCAACGUCUGCUGGGCCUUCUCCUCUCUGGCUGAAGCAGCGUAUGAAGCCACCGACGCUGCAGAGGACCAGGAGGAGCCCAGCACCUACUGUCUGUCCUCGUCCUUCGAAAUCAUCGUCCAGAAGCUCCUGGAGACCACAGACAGGCCCGACGGUCACCAGAACAACCUGCGCUCAGCUGCCUACGAGGCUCUGAUGGAGAUCGUCAAGAACAGUGCGAAGGACUGUUACCCUGCAGUCCAGAAGACCACGCUGGUCAUCAUGGAGAGACUGCAGCAGGUCCUCCAGAUGGAGUCGCACAUCCAGAGCACCUCAGACAGAAUCCAGUUCAACGACCUGCAGUCACUGCUGUGUGCCACUCUGCAGAAUGUCCUCCGUAAAGUGCAGCACCAGGACGCCCUGCAGAUCUCUGACGUGGUGAUGGCGUCUCUGCUCAGGAUGUUUCAGAGCACUGCCGGCUCCGGAGGUGUUCAGGAGGACGCUCUGAUGGCCGUGUCCACACUGGUCGAAGUUCUGGGCAGCGACUUCCAGAAAUACAUGGAUGCCUUUAAGCCUUUCCUGGGUAUCGGACUGAAGAACUACGCUGAGUAUCAGGUGUGUCUGGCAGCGGUGGGUCUGGUGUGUGACCUGUGCCGAGCUCUGAUGUCCAACAUCCUGCCUUACUGUGACGAGAUCAUGCAGCUGCUGCUGGAGAACCUCGGGAAUGAGAACGUCCAUCGGUCGGUGAAGCCUCAGAUCCUCUCUGCAUUCGGUGACAUCGCGUUGGCCAUCGGAGGAGAGUUUAAGAAGUACCUGGACAUCGUCCUGGACACCCUGCAGCAGGCCUCUCAGGCUCAGGUGGACAAGACGGACUACGACAUGGUGGACUACCUGAACGAGUUGAGGGAGGGCUGUCUGGAGGCGUACACCGGGAUCAUCCAGGGCCUGAAGGGGGACCAGGAGAACGUGCACCCUGAUGUGAUGUUGGUCCAGCCUCGGGUGGAGUUCAUCCUCUCCUUCAUUCAUCACAUAGCUGAGGAUGAAGAUCACUCUGACGGAGUCGUGGCCAACGCUGCUGGACUCAUCGGCGACCUGUGCACAGCGUUUGGUAAAGACGUGAUGAAGCUGGUGGAGGUUCGUCCGCUCAUCAACGACCUGCUGACGGAGGGCCGCCGCUCCAAAACCACCAAGACCAAGACGCUCGCCACCUGGGCCACCAAGGAGCUCCGCAAGCUCAAGAGCCAGGCCUGAUUGUUGCCGGUCGGGGAAAAGAGAGCGAGAGAUUUGAGAGAGAUCGACAUCAGUGAACAAUGAGGACAAACUGCCCCACUGGAAUUAACUCUUCUGUGUUUGUGGCGAGCGUCGACUCGCAGCAGAAGUCGAGUGUGAGCUGAGAUGAGUGUCUGUGUGUGAGCGAGCGAGAGAGACGCGUGUGAGCGAGCGAGAGAUGAUGACAUCACACCACCUUCAGUUCCAGCAGGCGACGCCCCCUCUCCUCCCCUCCUCCCCCUCCUGGACGGCCUGUGGACUGGACUCUGACUCCCCCCUCCUCCCACCCCCCAAUCAAAACAAACAAACUCACCCUGGAGCCCUCCCCUCCUCCCACAAUCCACCUCUCUCGCUGUAGCUGGGCUCUCCUACGACAUCACAAUGACGUCACUGACCCGCCGCCGCCCCUCGAGCCGGGGGAGGGGGGGAGGAGGGGAACUAGAUAAAAACACGACGAGAAAAUAAAAGACUUCUGUGGAAUCAAAGGUUAAAAAUCGAGCGGACUCUGUGGACUUCUGUGGAAAACUUUAGAUUUGUGUUGCUCUUAUUUUUCUUCUUCUUCUUCUUCCGGGCACUAAAACAGCGAAGGAGAUCCGACGGACGCGAACGCCUCCACCUGCUCCGUGUUCAGCAUUUGAUGCUCUUAUCCAAACAGCAACAGCACUAAAUUCCUACAAAAUAAAAGUCAAAAAGCCGAGGAGGAAUCCUCCGAGGAGCGAGUGCCAAAUGGAAAUAGUUUAGCGGAAAGUAAACCAGGCGAAGCUGAAAACCUUCGAUGUAAAGCGAGCGAGCUGCUGGUGAAGCGUUUCAGUUUUUGUUUCCCCGCUGCACUUGGUUUUGGAAAAGGUCACUCACCAUUUUUGCUUGUUUAAAUAAAAUUCAGAGAAUUGAAGACGUUUGUAUAAGGUUAUAUUUUUCCAUUGCUAUGAUGAAAAUAAAGUAAAAAAAAAAACAAUAAAAUGAUAUGAAACAUU